AUGUCUGCGCCGCCGGCUGCGCCGGCGUCCAUCUCCGACCAGCUGUUCGGCUACCGGGCGACUGUCCAGCUGCGCUUCCCCGGGUUGUCAGCUGGUGAGCUUGACGAGGAGAUCAACCGCAGCUACAAUCGGCGCGUCGAGGCGCGCCCGUGGUUCUCGGAUGCGGGGGAGGAGCUCAUGUCUCGCCAUGAGCAGAACAAGAGGAGGCAGCUUGCGGUCGUCCAGCAUUACAAGAAGCUCAUACUCACCGACGGGCUGGAGGAAGACAAUCGGAGUCUCCCAUUCGGCGUUGAGAAUCUCGAGAUGCCAGGAGGCACAAAGCUGCUCGGCGGGGCGACCACUGCGGAGGCAUUCUACGCCGCUGUCAAGGAAGAGCCGGACAACCGCAACGUGCAAGUUAUCCUCAGGCGCGGGUACAGGGUUGCUAUGUUCAAUGCGUUGCCAGAUGACGUGUGCCGUUACAAGAAGGCCAAGCACAACAAGUUCUUGUUCGGCAGUCCGUUCACCAUCAUGGAGCUGUACGAGAGGAUCCCAAGUUUGGAAGAGAAGUGGGGGGACCACUGCAAAGAGUUCAAAAUCAAAUCUCGCACCUGCGCCACCCAGGGAGAGUACACCUACGCGAAGAUCUACCGCCGGUUCAUCCUCAAGCUCGACGAGGAAGAAGAGGUCCCUGCGUUCGACGGCAACUUUAACAUCUACACGCACGCAAAGGUGUUCUUGCACGAGAUGAAGAAGAGAGGGUGGUGGUCUUCUUACCAGGACUUAGUCGAGAACCACUGCAACUUUCUCGCCAGGGGUCUCAAGAUUGAUUACGUUUGCGCUGCAAACCACCUGUUCAUGAAUCGUGUGCUCCAGGGCCCCUUCUCUGAUUGGGACCCAGAGCGGCAGAAGCUGUGGCUCAUGGCUGGCCUCGAGUCGUCCCUCCCGCUGGUCAACACGGAAACUGACCCGUCGCGCUUCUUCAUGCCUUGGCUGCAUAACGGGGAGCAGGACAUUGAGACCCUCAAGAAGGACAUUAACUUGAUGGCGACGCCCAUGGGGGGCACCGUCAACUACAAAGCCAAGGCGAAAGUUAAGGCAAAGGACGGCGGCAAGAGGAAGGCUGGCUCGGCGAUUGGCUAUGAGACCGAGGUCAGCGACGGCGCUAGCGACGCCGAGUCCUCGGCUUCGUCGAAGCAGAAGCAUGCUAAGCACGCGCCGCUCCAUGCGGCUCAGGAUCAGAUUGCCCCGCUCGCGCCAAUCGCCGAGGAGGGGCCUGAGGAGCAGGGGCCCGAGAUCGAGCUCGCACUAGCUGAACAG